UUAAGAGGGUAAGCCAGCAGAUUCUUAAAAAACAUCGCAAUUAGGUGUAAAAACUAUGCGUGUGUCUAGUGGGAGGGGGAGCUGGUGAUUACUGAAAAAGAAUGAAAGUAAACACUUUUAUUUUGUUCUGCCUUCUUUUUAACUUUGGUGUUACCUUUGGUAUAAGAAAGUAUAAGACACCAAAGAGGGUUUUGAGAAGGAGGUUUCACCACAGAGGAUGGCAACAAGUUGGCUAUGUAAAUCGCAACUCAGUUGGACUAUUCAAACCAAGACGUUCACAUGUUGCAGCCAAGGUUCCAAACAUUAAUGCAGAUGAAAGUACUUUGCCCUUCAUCGACUCAUAUAUAAAUGUUGAUGAAAUGGAGCCUAGUUACCAUGUACUACCAGGCAGGCAAGGACACUGCAAAGCCAAUGGGAUGAUCAUGUAUCACAAUGCAGUCUGGUCUCCAAAACCUUGUCUAAUCUGCCUCUGUUCAAGUGGAAAAAUAGUUUGUGAUGAAAUGAACUGCCCUAUUUUAACAUGUGCAAGGACCAAGAUACCAACAGGAGAAUGCUGUCCAAUUUGUACUUCAUAUGAGCCAAAUGAUCCAAGUGAAACAUAUCCUACAAUCUUGAAUAGUCAGGAUUUCAACAUAGGGCCAGAGCUACUACAGACAGAAGAGAAAGAAUUAGAAGAGGAAUUAUAUAGAAAAAAUGAAAUACAUAAAGAAAAUGAGAAAAAAUGCCAAGAUGACAAAAUGCAAAGUGAACUGGAAGAACCCUAUCACAAUGAAGAGUUGGAAGAUGACGAGAUACAAAAAGCAACUGAUAUGGAACAGAUCCACUUACAGGAAGAAAAUAAAGAAAAGAAACAAUUUGAAAAAGAAAUAAAAAAUAAUUCAAGUACCAUAGAAGAGAAAAACCAGGACUAUGAUAAUUAUGCAAACAAUUCUGGAGAUGAUCAAGAGAUGGAACAAGAGGGGCAGCAAAAGGUGGAGGAGGAACAAGGGGAAGGACAAAAGGAAGAGCGAGAGGUGGAGGAAAAUCAAGUGGAGGAAAAAGAUGAACUGGAGGUGGUGAACGAGCAGCAGAAGGGUCAAGUGGAGGAAGAAGAGCAAGUAGAGGAAGAGCAGGAGAUGGAAGCAGAAUACCAGAUGGGGGAAAAAGGGCAGGAAGAGGAGAAAGAACAGGAGAAACAAAACAUGGAACAACAAAAAGCACAAGAGGAUACCAAGGAGGAGCAAGAAGGGGAAUGGCAACAAGAAAAGGCAGUAAAUGGAGAGAGGGUGGCAGAAGAGGAAGAGAUGGAUGGUGAGGGGGAGGCAGAGAAGGAAGAGGUGGAUGGAGAUGGGGAGGUGGAGAAGGAAGAGGUGUUUGGAGAGGGUGAGGUAGUGGAUGAAGAGGAGGAGGAGGAUUAUCAAGAUAUAUUUGAUUUGUCAUCAUUUUCUACCUUAUUACAACUGAUUCCACAUCAGUCCAAUGAGGAUAGCCCAACAUUUUUUCUCCCAGUUGGCUGUGAUGUGACUGACAUUACUAUGAACUGCAAUAAUGCAAAGCUGACUCAAAUACCUCCAUUACGUGAUCUGGAGAUCAAACGUUUUCAUCUUGCAGGAAACUCAAUCACUGCUAUUCCAGCAGAGGCAUUUAAUGGGGUUCCUAAUCUUGAAUUAAUUGACCUCAGCAGAAACAGGAUUGCUUCAUCAUAUAUCGACCAAGCUGCGUUCAAAAAAUUAAAAAAACUGGAACGCCUAUACUUGGAUGGAAAUUUGUUGUUCCGGAUUCCUCCUCGACUCCCUCGAACACUAGUAGAGCUAAAAGUAAAUGAAAACCUUCUUCAACAACUGGAUGAACAAACAUUCCAUGGUUUGAGUAAAAUAGUCAAUUUGGAGCUGGAAGGAAAUAAACUCAGUGAAAGUAAUGUUCAACCCCUCGUCUUUAGACCACUUAAGCGACUCGCUUACUUGCGACUGGGAAAAAAUAAAUUCAGAACCCUACCGCAAGGUCUUCCUCCUUCCAUCGAGGAACUCUACCUUGAAGAUAAUGAAAUUGAAGAAAUAUCUGAAAUGAGUUUGAAUAGGACAACCAAUUUGAAUGUAAUUGUUCUGAGACAUAACAAACUUGAUGAAACCAGAAUUGCACCAAUGGCUUGGAUAAAGUUGGAAAAUCUAGAAUCCCUGGACCUCUCAUACAACAAGAUCGUUCAUGUUCCAUCAUUCCUACCCAGAGGUUUACUGUAUCUUAUACUGGUUCAUAAUCAGAUUGAGCGAAUUCCAGGCUUUGUGUUUGCCCAUAUGGAACCGGGGCUGGAAAUUCUGUACCUCUCUUUCAACAAAAUAACCAGUGGUGAGAUUGACCCAGUUUCUUUCUUUGGAACUUAUGAUUCAAUGAGGGAACUGUUUCUGGAUCACAAUAUGUUGAAAAGAGUUCCUGCUGGAAUUGCUGAAAUGAAAGCACUUCACUUUUUGAGACUGAAUGACAACUUAAUCAGGAACAUCCAACUGGAUUCCAUCUGCAGUGGAAAUGAUGAAGAUGACUCAAAUAUUCGAACGCUUCACCUAGAAAACAACUACAUAAAUACACGGAGAAUUGCUCCAACUGCCUUCAGCUGCAUUGAAUUGCAUUCAACUGUGGUCUUAACACCUCAAAAGGUCAAAAAAUAACAUUCCAGCUGUGAAAAUCAUUUAGAACAUAGAAAACCUACAGCACAAUACAGGCCCUUCGGCCCACAAAGCUGUCCUGAACAUGUCCUUACCUUAGAAAUUUCCUAGGGUUACCCAUAGCUCUCUAUUUUUCUAAGCUCCAUGUACCUGUCCAGGAGUCUUUUAAAAGACCCUAUUGUAUCUGUCUCCACCACUGUCACCAGCAGCCCAUUCCACGCACUCACCUCCCUCUGAGUAAAAAACCUACCCUUGACAUCUCCUCUGUACCUACUUCCAAGCACCUUAAAACUGUACCCUCUCGUAUUAGCCAUUUCAGCCCUGAGGAAAAGCUUCUGACUACCCACACCAUCAAUGUCUCUCAUCAUCUUAUACACGUCUAUCAGGUCACCUCUCAUCCUCCGUCACUCCAAGGAGAAAAGGCCCAGUUCACUCAACCUAUUCUCAUAAGGCAUGCUCCCCAAUCUGGGCAACAUCCUUGUAAAUCUCCUCUGCACCCUUUCUAUGGUUUCCACAUCCUUCCUGUAGUGAGAUGACCAGAACUGAGCACAGUCCUCCAAGUGGGGUCUGACCAGGUUCCUAUAUAGCUGCAACAUUACCUCUCGGCUCCUAAACUCAAUCCCAUGAUUGAUGAAGGCCAAUACACCAUAUGCCUUCUUAACCACAGAGUCAAUCUGUGCAGCAGCUUUGAUCCUAUGGAUUUGGACCCCAAGAUCCCUCUAAUCCUCCACACUGCCAAGAGUCUUACCAUUAAUACUAUAUUCUACCAUCAUAUUUGACCUACCAAAAUGAACCACCUCACACUUAUCUGGGUUGGACUCCAUCUGCCACUUCUCAAGCCUAGUUUUGCAUCCUAUCAAUUUCCCGCUGUAACCUCUGACAGCCCUCCACACUAUCCACAACACCCCCAACCUUUGUGUCAACAGCAAAUUUACUAACCCAUCCCUCCACUUCCUCAUCCAGAUCAUUUAUAAAAAUCACGAAGAGAAGGGAUCCCAGAACAGAUCCCUGAGGCACACCACUGGUCACCAACCUUCAUGCAGAAUAUGACUCGUCUACAACCACUCUUUGCCUUCUGUGGGCAAGCCAGUUCUGGAUCCACAAAGCAAUGUCCCCUUGGAUCCCAUGCCUCCUUACUUUCUCAAUAAGCCUUGCAAGGGGUACUUUAUCAAAUUUAGUUAGUAUAUUUUGACAAAAAAGUCAAGAUUGUCUAUACUCCUUUCCCAGAUAGUAACAAGCAUUUUUAAGUAAAUCUACAAUUAACUUAUAGUUUAUACGUUAAUCAUUAUUCAUGGAUUCAUAUUGGUAACAAGGUAUGCGCUAGAUGGGCAAUAAGUUACAAGGCCAUCAUAAUAAUCUAUUGUGGUUCACUUGGUAUGUAAGCAAUAUUAUUCAGUUUGGUCUCUAUCGCAAUUUGAAACUAGUCAUGCAAUAAACAUUUGAUAUUUAUUAGAACAUCAGUACUUCAAAUAUGACAGAAACAAACUUACUUGGGCUAAGCAAAUCCCUUUGAUAUACUAUAUAUUGAUUGGUUAAAAGACAUUAAAGUAGUGUGAGAAUUUUUUUAACUUUUACUUCACGAUGAAGAAUCGCUUUUUAAAUAGAAUAUCUAAUUAUCAGUGAAAUACACCAACAAUCAUAUGGAAUACCAUUUAGCUUAUUUAUGGUUUCAAAAUGCUCUUUAAUUUCAUGUUAGAACUUCAUUUAUUUUCCACAGAUUUUUUAAAUUUAAAAAUUUUUCAUGUAGUCCUUUGUUCAGAAUAAAUUUUUGGCAUAAAUGAUGUCAACCUAAAAUGACCUUUUCUUAUACAAUGCUUUCAAGAUAAGAACGUAACCCAAGGGUGUUGUACAGGUUUGUUAUCAAAUAGAAAAUGAUUCAGAGAUAUAGACAGAUGCACAUGGAAGCUGACCUUUUGGCCCUCCUAGUCUGCACUGACCAUCAAACACCCAUUCACACUAAUCUGACCCGCACUGUUUCCAUUUUUAAUUCAUCCUGCCAAGCUACCCAGAUUCCACCACUCACCUACACUCUAGUUGGGUGGCUGAUAACUAUCUCCAUGUCUUCAGGAUGUGGGAGGAAACCAGAGCACCCAGAGGAAAUGUGCAUAGUCACAGUGAAAAUGUGAAAAUUCCAGGCAGCAGCGGAAGACUGGAUUGAAAGAGGAUCCCAGAUGCUGAGAAGCAGCGGUUCUACCUGCUGUAUCACUGUGACACCCCACUCAGCACUUACAGGGAAAAUAGGCAGGUAAUCAGUUGAGUAGAUGCUGGCAAUGGAAGAGGGCUACUAAAUUAACAACAUAAAUAGCAUGCAUAUUAUAAAUGCUGCUUUGGUACUGUGGCCAAGAUGGAAUCAUAUUUCAGACAUUCAAGAACCACGGUGCUAAUGGGCACAGGUGCGUGAGGAUAAAGCAUAUUCAAAGACUGGAGAGGAAAGCAAGCUUGUAGAGUAGUUUGCAAAAAUGUUGGGCUCAGUGAUUUAACUGUGGAUUCAGAGGAAGGAAUCAUGACACAACACAAAAGGAAGUCAGAUGUAUACAAGACACUGUUUGUAGGAACCAGAUAUUGGAUUGGAAUUUGCCAAGGACAUCUUAACAACAUUCAAUUAUUUUAUGUAAUAUCUAAAAACUUGGAGAGAUAUUAAAAUAAGCAAUUGGAAUACUACCUACAUUGCUAAAUCAGUUCAUUUCAAAUGAGAGAUCAUAUCCUAAUUGGGGUGUACAUCAGUAUAAAAUUGUCUUGUUAAAGGGGAAUCUGAUGGACAGGCUCUCAACAGCCACAUCCUUUAAUGUGCAUUAGGGAAAUGUGAUAGGAAAGUGACAUUAAAUUUACCUCCAUGUUUAGAGAAAUUUCUUGAUAUUGACGAGUGAGACUUGCAAUAUUGGUUUCUGGUAAAGAGAAGUGCAUUUUAAAAAAGAAAUAAUCCAUAACUUUGAGGAUGGAACAGGGGUUCCCAAUUGAGAUUCACAGAUACCUUGGUUAAUGGUUGGGGUUCAUGGCAUAAAAAAGAUUGCUUUACCUUCCCAAACCCAAAUAAUAUUCUAAAAUACAGAGAGCAAUGCAUUGUAAUUUUGGGACCUGUGUGGAAAAUGCAUCUUGAUCUCCCAUUUUGGUGGCUCUCAAUAAGAAGGCACAGAUUUGAAUUAAGAGAGGUCUCUAUUCAGAAAAGAAGUUGAAAUUACUCACAAGUACAUUCUCUUAUGUUUAAGAAGUACAUGGCAAUGUUAUCCUUUUAAUAUCAGAUAAAGAAAACUAUAAUAAUACAAAACACAAUAAAUAUACAGACAUGAGAUAGCUUAUGUAAAUAGAUUGAUUGUAUGUCCAUAAAGUGACACUAGCCACAUGAGUGACAGGCAGGAACUGAUAAAGUAGUCAUUGUUAAGUCCUUCCUUUAAGUUUUAAUAAAGCAUUCUGUUGAAUUUUAAAGAAUCAUUACAGCUCAAAGCUGUAACAUAAUAAAGCAUAUUUUACACAUAUAUAGUCAGUCACACAAGUUGUUUUUCUAUCAUGGAAAUAUUAAGUGAAUGUUGUGUAUAAUUCUUUGCAAUA